UGUUGGCGUCGGAGCUGUGCCGCGGUUCUCCCACUCUGCAGCAGCGACGAUUAUAUGUUGUCUCACAUCACCGGGGAUUAAUGACGUAGCAAGAAGAUUCUUGGAAACUCGCCUCUAAUAAGCCAUCCUCCAGCUUGACCUUCCUGAGUUACUAAUAACUCGUGUAUGUUGCGUGUAGGCAGAGUUAACAUCAGAGCUAACGGCGAUGAGUUUUUGGAGUGGAUGGUGGUGGUGGGUGGUAGCAGUGUGCCAGACUGUGGUGGGGGCGAGUAUAGUGGUGCUGCUGCUGCCGCUGGUGGUACCCUGCUUGCUGCUGUUAUGGGCGUGGCGGUGUAUUGCGCUGUUGCUGGUGAUGGCGACCCACAAACGUGUGGUGCACGUAGCCUCUGGGAUGGAGGCACUGUUUGCCCUGGACUCAGAAAGUGCAAGGGCAGUGAUCAGCGGAGUGACAGUACUGCGAGGAAAGGUAAAGGUGGCCACUGUCCGAAAGCUUCUAGCUGAGCGAAUCACUGACGUCCGUGAUGACCGUGGCUGCUACAGACACCCGAAGUUCAGGCAGGUGUUGGAGAAACGCUGCGGAGUGGUGGUGUGGAUGUGGGAAGGCAACUUCCACGUAGACAGUCAUGUGCGAGAGUUACGAGUAAACUGUCGCCCGCGAUACUUCCAGGAUGAAGACGACAUAAGAAAAGAAAUGAGCGCCCGUGCUAACCUUCCCUUCGUGCGUGGCCAGUCCAGAUGGGAGGUCCUUGUAGCUCCUGUGAGAAGAUUUGGCGUUCCCGAGAACUGCUGUAAGGAGUGGACUCACACAGCGGUGAUAGUGAGGCUGCACCACGCCCUGGGCGACGGCCGCUCAAUGGUGGGUCUCAUAGUGUCAGCACUGGUCGACCCUCCCUUGUCUGACCCGAGACCCUCACCUGUAGCCCGCCCCUCCAGGGCCGGCUGUAUCUUCCGUGCUGCCCGCUUCCUGUGGUCGCUGUGUCACCUGCCGUGGGUGGUAGUAAGGGUACUCACACGGGGCGACGCCUCGGUGUUGCAUGGUUCCAAACUUGGGGGAGAGAAGUUCCUUGCUUGGUCUCCGCCACUCUCUUUGGCCGCCCUUAAACACGGGCGUGCUCUAGCGGGUGUCUCCGUCAACGACCUUCUGCUGGCAGGCCUUGCUGCAGCGCUCAACAGGUACUUCAAGGACGAGGGGGUCGACGUGCCACCACAGGUUAUGGCCGUGUUACCUGUGGAUGUGACGGCCCCAGGUACACCCAUCUCCCUCGCGAACCGCAUCUCUCUCUGCACUGUGCCACUGCCUACCUGCAGAAUGUCUCGCACCAGCCGCCUGAUGACGGUCCAUCGCCGCCUCAACAUCCUUAAGGGAUCUCCUGAUAUUUUGGUUAACUACCUCGCCCUUGACCUCAUCUCCAACCUUCUACCAACGCCUCUGGCUCGACGGGCUCUCUCUACCCACGGGGUCACCAUGGUUGCUUCCAACAUGCCUGGUCCAAGGGAGCAAAUCCACCUGUUUGGGGAGCCGGUUGACGACAUCAUGUUCUGGAUACCCAACAAAAGUCGAACAGGUCUGGGGGUGUCCAUGUUGAGCUACUGCGGAAUCGUUCGCCUGGGGCUCAACGUCGACUCAGCUCUCAUACCAACGAUGAGUCUGGCGCAGCAGCUGUUGGACCAUACUACCAUAGAGGUCAACAACACCUUAGUUGAACUGAUGCCCAUCAAAGACACGAAACCAGAAGAGCUCCACUGCCCCCUUCACUGUGAACUGCAGCUCAUAGAUAACGACAGCUGCAGCAGUGAAGUGUCGCACGUGGUCACUCACAGCACAGAUGAGUAUGAUAACGAGCCGGAUAGAAGAGUAUUAUCAAGUGACUAUUCGGAGAUGCAAUACAGUUCCGACACGAGGAUAAUCUGCGAUUCUUUCAGUUCUCUCGGCAGUAAUUGUGACUGUGCCUCUGAGGAUCAACAUCUCCUGGGAGGAGACUUAAGAAAAAGUAAAUCACAAUCAUUGGUAAAGGCCGGCUUGGAAUCGCCAAACAGAUUUCUCAAUAAUUUUCAACACAGGUUCGUGCAGAGUGACAUCAACCUGAAAUUUACGGACAAUGAUCAAGUUCAGGACAGAUGAAACUAAGUCCAGGUACUUAUCCUAAUUACGUUUUCCAGUGAGAGCCACAAGGUGAGUGCCAUUUUUCUCCUUUGUAUCUACGUUUUAGUUCAGGUGUUAAGGGGAAAUGCUCGCAAUGGAUAGUGGUUGAGCCGACAUUGUGUUCAGUACUCAAGAAGUUUCCUUUUACCUGGAAGGAGAAGAAAUAAUAAUCUAAAGGUAGAUGAAAACACCUAAAUGGACUGUAUUUGGAAGAAAAAAAACUACAGUUUUAGGAAUUGAAAGGAAGACGUGUGCAGAAAGUGAAAUUCUCUGCCAUAGGGUGCAAGUAAUACACCGUGAGAAGAUGGAGGACUAUUUUAAAGUUUUCUCAAGAACGUGUUGACAAGAGAGGUGGAGUAAUAUAAUAUGAGCUUCCACAUUACCUUUCUUGCAACUCAAUUGCAUCUACCUGUGAUUAUAUUUUAUAUAAUUCUAAAUUUCUAUCUUUGCACUAUUUUCACUCUGAUACUCGGGAAAUAUAAAAGAAAAUCAUGAAUUGCCGAACUAACUUGGAACUUGCAAAUCAGAGGGAGAACUUGACAGACGCCAUCCAAGUAUAAUAUUACGUGCACGAGUUACAUGACUGUGAUGGUCGAGAACCAUGUAUCCUUAAUUAAACUUGACAUUAUGUAUAUAAGUAAUGAGGAGCAGCAGACUUACGGGACCUCGAAAUACUCAAGAGUUAUAUAGAACACCGAGGAAUGGUUUUUGAAUUAAUAUUAAAAUUACUCCGAUA